AGGUCUUAACAAAUCAAUGUAGUUACGCUUGCGUAUUUUAAUGUUGCGGGUCGUUCAGAAAGAAGCUCAAAAACUACAAAUAUAUCUGGUAAAGAAGAGUUACCGUGGAAAAGUGAACGAUUGCUGCAGCGAAGAAUUACCGUGAGACUGCAGUGGAUCUUUUAGGGCCUUGAAUUUUUGACGUCAUGCCCGGGCAUGGAAAGAAAGAAAGAAAGCGAGCGACUUUUCACCUUCUCGCCCUUCCCCCACAUACAUAAAAAUAUUUCUUAAACGCAUGAUAAUUUUUGGCGCAACAACUACAGAAGAAAAAAUGAGGACUCGGCUCCGAGGAAUCUUUCUCGCCGCGCGGGCUAUACUAGUACCCACGUCGAUCUACAACAUUGAUGGAGCGCAUGUUGUAUCACCACCUACCACAGACGGCUGUGGAGACAGCGACGCAAGCUCUUGCUCGUCUGUCGAGUACUGCGACGAAGUUGAUUACCAGGACCGAGAACUUUUUGAAAUUCAGCGACCGUCACCGGAGUCCAAUUCGAAUUUUUGCGAACAUGGGGCUUCUGACUGGCUUGCGCGCGUGCUCCACGAACUUGAAGAAGAGUGGGCGCUCGAUGCCGCAACAAGCGAAGCGGGGGCGGAAGUGUCCGACCGGACUGAUCAUUUUAGACCCCAGCAGUCACCUGUCUCUGGUGCCGGUGAGGCGGACGCGCAGCAACAUGGGCCAAUAGACGCUGGCGUGCUGGAAAAUAGUACCCAUCUACCGAGUGACGACCCGCGGGUAUUCGGAAGUUUUUUGUUUGAUUUGGUCCUGCAGCUGGACGCAGAGAGGUUGCGGUGCGCGUAUUUCGCUCCCGACGGCGUUGGCGAUGCGGACGUUAUGACUCUCUCAAAUCGGGACUUUAACGAGAUAGGUCCCGUUUUGGGAAAGAGCAGCAUAAACUGGCCGGCGUGUCCUGAGACGGCGAACCACUGUUGUGCGUGUUGCACCACGUCUGCUUCUAUCAAAUGUAAAAAUGUCUGGGUCUGGAAGAAUGCGAGGUCUGUCAUGCGUGUCUGGCAUGACUGAAAAGUUUGUGAUGCGUGUCCAAGAUGAGACCCGUAUACUUGUCAUGCACAAACCCACUUUGUCAUGCGGAAAGCGCUAUACUAAGCAGCGCGGAUAUUUCUCAUGCUUGGCUGUGCAUUACAGAGCAUUCACUCUUCCCAACCUUGCAUUACAAGCUUCCAGACCCAGACAUUUUUACAGUUGAUAGCUUCGCUCGAGGACCGCGGGUCUCCGUACACGGAGAUCGUGGGUUUGCUUGCGUCCUACGCUACGCCUGACGGAAUCUGGAAGGCGCUCGGACCAGAGAGGUUUCGGGUAGAGGCGGAGAAGGAAGCCGCGUCAGGACUUCGUCCGGGCGGUAGAAGGGCGUGGUCCGCGUCGGGGGAGGAGAGGAAGCUGAAACAAGGAAAAGACGACGGCAGUAGACCAGAACACUUUCGUGGGGUGCCGGCACCACACCUUCACGAAGGUGGGGCGUUUCUCUUCCGGCAGGUCAAUCCGGAAUCUGACGACUUGCAAGAAAUCCGGUAUGGUUAUCGCAGCAUUUUUAGCUGGACGCGCGGCCGCGACGACAUCGAGGACGAGGACCCUGAAAGCGGUUUUUUACAACGCGAUCGUCCGCCCCCUGGACAGGAGGCGAUGUUGCGGGAUGGAGAUACGAGUCAAUACAGAUUUGCCGGACUGUCUGACGAUGGCGUCUAUUCAAUCCUGGUCCAGGUUCUGGGUCGCGUUCGGAGAAUGCAGCGGCUUUUGCUUUCCGGGUCCGGGGGUCCGAGCUCGCAGACUACAAGCAGUAUUGGCGAAAGCGGGAGAGCAGGCAGCUUUGAUGAAGAUGAAAACGACGAGAAGCGGUCUGUUUUCGGCUUGGGUGAAUCAGCCAUGGUUUGCCACGAACUUGCAACGGGGAUUUGCAGUGGGGAAAAUGUUAGCUACGGGCUCAAGAAAUUGUUGACGGGGAAGGGUGCCUUUUCGGGGCCGACGCCUAGCGACGUUUACCGCCUGCGCCGGUUGGGUUGGGUGCGACGGCGGAGCCGCACGGACCCGACGGAGGUUGUUUGGACGAAGGAUUCGAAUGCGCCGGACCCGCGCAGCCUCCCGCGUGAGGAUGUGGAAGUCUUGCAGGUCUUGCCGCCUGCGCAAGUGGAAAUGCAGCAGCCUCAGAAUGAUCUCGCGCCAGGCAGCGAAGCGACGCGGCCGGCUCUUAGCGAUCGACGACUCGCACAGAUCCAGCGUGUGCAGCAGUGGUAUACAGUUGCGCAGCGGCCUCUGUUGUACUCGAAGUAUGAUAUGUGGAUUCAUAAAAAGCCGUGGUAUCGGCCACAACGGCGUGGCUGGAAGGCGGCGGUUCGUGACAGGGUGGCGGACUGCUGUUGGGGCCCUGUAACGGAAGGUCUGCGCGAUUGCUGCCUCGGCAGAGAUAGUGCCAAUGCGCAGGACCCGCAGACCAGACUCUAUUUCCGUUCCGGUAUGAACGCAGGCCCCGUAGCGGACGUGAUCACGGACGACUUGGACCUUCCGCUUUCCGAGGAGGAAGGUUUUUUGACCACGCAAGAGUUGCAGGAUUACGUGAGCCCCGUUCUCCAUGCGUUUUUAGAGGAGGUGAAGUCAUUUUUGCUCUAUCGCCUCACGGAGCUGUCGUUUCCGUAUCGGCUUUGCGGCAAGAAUCCCUGUGGCGGUCUACUUUUCGGAGAAGCGCCAGAGGUGGUCCAGACCGCGCCUCCGGGGGAGCAGCAUCCAUGCUGUUGUUGUGUUCCCCCCGCGGAAGACUGCAGCAGCAACGCCGCGGCCGCCUGCGUCGCAGCGUGGCUACCAGUCUGCUGUGGCUUCUGGUGUUGCCCGCUUCCGAAGGUGGAAGUAGGUCUCUUCACUGCAACUAUUGGCAAAGGUCUCCUUCCUGCACCGGCCGACUGUGCGAAAACCUGCGUCCUGCAGGAUGUCCUGCUUCCGAAAUUGCAGCGAGCUGCCCGUCUCCGUAUAGAGGCCGUUGCAGCUGUUCUCCUGAUUGGCCUUCUUCUGCGCCGUCCUCCCGCAAGCGUUCUCCAUACACCAAGGGCACCAGCGGCUGCACCCACUGCAACACAUUCUGGUUCCCCUCCGCCAGUGCGACGAGAAUACGGUAGGCGUUCAGGGUUUCGGUCGCGCCGAGCUGCUUCUCGACCAGUGGCAGCGAGUUCACCAAAAUCGUGGCAAUCAGGAAUUUAUCCUGUGCAAAAGUAUCGUACUGUACUCGUAUAAAUGCUAACGCAUUACAAAUUUCCUCAGCAUGAGAAAUAAAAUUUAAAUUUCUACCUUAAGGAAAAGAUUUGUAUAUGCAUGAUUGCAAUAUAUACCAGUACGAUACUUUUGCACAGGAUAGAAUUGGUACCAGGAUUUUGAAAACUUCGGAAAAUCAGCGGCAGUAG